UCUUUUCCCGGAUUCCCCCCAGCUCAGCGACACCGGUCAAAAACUUGGUAUUAUAUGCAAGGAGUAUGUCGGGAGGGAAAUAAGUGUCUGUUUUCGCAUGACUUAUCUACAAGCAAGCCGUCUACUAUUUGCAAAUAUUACCAGAAGGGACAGUGUGCCUAUGGAACUCGGUGCAGAUAUGAUCACACCAGACUUCCUGCGUCGGGGGGUGCAGCGGGUCCUGUGCCGCCUCCCCUUUCAUCAUCAGCCCUGCACAAUCCUCGCCACCCCCCAGAGCAGAGCGCACCAGUAAUCAAGAGCAAACUGCAUGAGACUGGCAAACGGGAAAAGAAGACGUUAGUGCUCAGGGACAGAAAUCUGUGUGGUUUGAAUGAAGAAAAGCAGAAACCCAGUGCCACAAGUGAUGUGGUAUGUUGCAGCGACAAAAAUGAUAAUCUGGAAAUGAAACCCCAUUCGUAUUUGGAAGCUAUUUGCAGUGGACUGGAAGAUCCAGUAGCUGGAAGUUCCUGUGUUGAUGGAGAGCAGUUAUGCCCUUACGCUGCAGCAGGAGCAUGCCACUUUGGAGAUCGCUGCCUUUACCUCCAUGGAGACGUGUGUGAAAUAUGUGGAUUGCAAGUACUUCAUCCUUUUGACCAAGAACAGAGGAAGGCUCAUGAGAUGAUGUGUAUGGCAGCAUUUGAGCAUGAGAUGGAGAAGGCCUUUGCCUUUCAGGCAAGUCAGGACAAAAUGUGCAGCAUCUGCAUGGAAGUGGUGUAUGAAAAGCCGUCAGCUUCUGAGAGGAGGUUUGGGAUUCUUUCCAAUUGUAAUCACACCUACUGCUUGUCCUGCAUCCGGCAGUGGAGAUGUGCCAAGCAAUUUGAGAAUCCCAUCAUAAAGUCUUGUCCAGAGUGCCGUGUGAUAUCGGAGUUUGUCAUUCCUAGUGCAUAUUGGGUAGAAGACCAGGAGAAGAAAAAUAAGCUGAUUGAAGCAUUUAAGCAGGGAAUGGGGAAAAAAGCUUGCAAGUACUUUGAACAAGGAAAGGGAACUUGCCCGUUUGGAGGAAAGUGUCUUUACCUUCAUGCUUAUCCAGAUGGGAGGCGAGCUGAACCUGAAAAACCAAGGAAACAGCUCAGCUCUGAGGGGACUGUUCGGUUCUUCAAUUCUGUUCGCCUCUGGGACUUUAUUGAAGACAGAGAAAGUAGGACUGCAUCCAGCACAGAUGAUGAAGUAACAGAACUUGGAGAACUUUUCAUGCACCUCUCUGGGGCUGAUGAAGAUUCUGCUACUUCUCCAUAAAAAGAACUAAAGGUGCUUUCUUGUAUAGCAAUCCAGCUAUCUAUUUACUUUUUACAGUACAGAUGGAAUUAAUGUGCCCUGUGGUUUUCUUGUGGAAUUCUGGUAAAUCUUUCAGAUAACUUUUUAAAUAUAUCUUAGAAUUUUUGUUGCUAUACAGAAACUAAAUGGAUUGCAUGGAAAAAUCCCUUACUCCCACAAGGGUUUUCUCUUUCUUUGGCCUAACAUGCUGUCUUGUAAGUUGAGUGGUAGUGUAAAUAGAGCUCCUGUCUUCCCCUUUAAAGCUUAAGCUGUUAAAAAGCUGUUGAAGGCUGUUGCUAAAUCUGCUGUGGGUUGGCUUUUUCUUGGUUAUUUUUCCUUCUUAAGUCAACUAAUGUAUAUCUAGGAAAAUCCACUAGGAAAAAUGGUCAGUGUAGCUUUUUCUUUCUUCAACAACAGAUUUAAAAACCUAAUACAUUAUACCUCAAAGUACCUAGAGUUUAGGAAAAAAAAAUGCAAGCUUACUGUAUUCUUACAGUGAAUAAUUCAGUAAUGGGACCUGGCUGUCAAAGACUGUGCAAGUUUGGGUCCUACCUUUGUUUUAUCUUAAGUGUUUUAUCUUAAUCAAGUGAAUACUGAGAGGAAGUGUCACUUAGCAUCUGUUGUAAAGCAAAUGCAGCUAUACUGAUUAACAUAUGCAGGCAGAGCAGCAGAAUCAACACUGGAAUUGCAACAUAAAGCAAAAUUAAAUUACAACACAGAUCAGAUUUUUGAAAAUAUAGAAUGGGAAUAAGUUAACUUUCAAUAUUCAUUGCAACAGUAAUACUUCAAUUUUUGUUCAGUUUGACUAGUUCAAAUGUAUUUAACGUGAAGGAAAACCAAAAUUAAAUGAAGCAAUCACAACUAUGUCAAUGAUCUUAUGGUCUGCAACUAUACAAAAUAAAUUAUUUCAGUUACAGGAGAAGCAAUUAGUUUUUACUGAUGCUUAUCAUAACUGCGUGCCUAGUAGAUGCUUAGGCUUUUCCUUCUCUAUGUAUUUGUAAUGUAUUACGGUAUCUGUCUUUCUGAAACCAUAAUAUAUUACUAUAAUGCUCCAUUUCCAUGCAUCCCCUGUCACAACCAGCGGGCACCAUUAAUAGACCGCAGGUAAAAGCUCAAAUAUUGCCCACAUAAAUAACUUUUAGCAUGGUUGCACCAUAGCCUUUUGCGCAGACUGUCUCCAGUGCUCUCUGUCAUAGUCUUACUUCUACUUUUAGCAGCUGGCUACCUUCUAGUGUAACAGUUCCU